AUGGUACUCUCUGCCCUUCAUUGGUUGAUGAACAACAGUGAUUUGUAUAGGAAUUAUUGUAUUAAAAUUGAUGAUGAUUGGGUUCAGAAAACAGCUGAAAGUGCUGAACAAAUUGUUCAAGAAUUCACUAAAGUACAAGACAAUGAAUUAAAUGUGCUGAAAAAUCAAUCUAGUUCUGUACCUACUGAUCAAUUCAAAAUCAGACACUUCAAAGAGAAUAAUUCAGAUAAUAAAAGCUAUGAUGACAGCACUGAUGCUUGUGAGAAAGAUGAUAGUUUCAUUGAAAUGAAUGAAGAUGAAUGCGUUCAAGGCAAUUCUGAUACGCUCAUUGAUGAAGCCAACCUUGACACAAACAAAGAGCUAAUCUUUGCACCAGGUGAAGGUCAGCGACCAAUCGGUCUCUAUCAUGACGAAAAUGCUGAGGUUCUAUCAUUUCCAUCGAUAUAUUGUGCACAAAAAAGGUUGGAAAACAAUGAGCGACAAACACCUGUUUCAUACAGUGAUUUAGCAAAAUGGGAACUUCGAAGUGUUGAUCGAAGAGCUGCAGCAUCUGUUCCAAAUAUAUUUUUCAAAUUGAACAAAAUACAAAGAAAACAGGUAGCAGACAAAGUGAAUUUGGCAAUCCGCAGAAAAAAGAGUGACGGAAACAAAAUUACUGCUUCAGAUGCACAAAAUCCUGAAAUAGCAGACAAGAUAGUAAGCUUAAAUGAAGGCUACUAUAUCUUCAGAACUCUCAUAAAUUCUCCAGCAUAUCUUUCUUCAAGAAAAAAAGAUGUCUUUGCAAUGAUAAGACAGAUAGGAUUACCAACAUGGUUUAUGUCAUUGUCUUCUGCCGAUACUCGAUGGAACGAAUUACUUAAAACCCUUGCUGUGUUAUCUGGCACACCUUGCUCUGACCAACAAAUAAGAAAUAUGACUUGGUCUGAAAAAGUUAAACUUGUACAAAAAGAUCCAGUGACAUGCAGCCGAUAUUUUGAUCAUAGGGUUCAAGUAUUUAUGAAUACUGUUUUGAAAAGUGAACAUGCUCCAAUUGGAAGUGUAACAGACACUUUUCAACGUAUAGAAUUUCAGAACAGAGGUUCUCCACAUGUUCACAUGAUGAUCUGGACUGAAAAUGCACCCAAAUACAACAUUGAUUCAGAAGAAGACAUUAUUCGAUAUGUUGAUAAAUAUGUGACAUGUUCUCUUGAUGUAGAUGAUGACAUGCAGGAGUUUGUUAAAAUGCAAGUACACAAACAUUCUAAAACUUGCAAGAAAGGUGGCAGAUCUGUGUGUAGAUUUGGAUUUCCACUACCCCCACUUCCAAACACUAUGUUAUUGGAACCACUUGAAACAGAUGUUGAUGAAUACAGACAGAAAUACUCGGAAAUUCAUGCUAGAAUGAAUGAAUUCAAAGAUGGAUGUGACAUGUCUUAUGAAGAGUUUCUAACAGAAGUUGUACAAAUUGAAGAGGCAGAGUACAUUAAGUGUAUAAGAAGUUCACUGAAAGGACCAAAGAUAUUUUUAAAAAGAGAACCGAAAGAAAUGAGGGUAAAUUACUACAAUACCACAGUACUACAAGCAUGGAAAGCAAAUCUCGACUUGCAAUUUGUUUUAGACCCAUAUGCCUGUGCAAUGUACAUUGUAUCAUACAUAAGCAAAUCACAAAGAGGUAUGAGCACUAUGUUAGAACAAGCUUCAAAAGAGGCAGCAGAAGGAAACAUGGAUCUUAAACGUCAAGUCAGACAUAUUGGAAACAAAUUUCUCAAUUUUGUAGAAAUAAGUGCUCAAGAAGCAUCAUAUCUUGUACUACAAAUGCCCUUGACCCGAGCUUCUCGUGAAGUCGUAUUCAUUAAUACAUCAUUACCUAAAGACAGAGUGUUCCUUCUGAAAAGCCAAGAACAACUGAAAGAUCUUCCCAAAAACUCUACAGAUACUGAAUCUGACAAUAUCAUCAAGCGGUAUGCAAGGAGACCAAAGAAGCUAGAGAACUAUUGCCUGGCUGAUUAUAUUUCUGAGUUGGAUGUGAAAUACAAAAAACCAAAGCAAAGUUUAGAAAAUGAUCAUAAUGAUGAUGAUGAUACAGGACAUCAUUCAGAUGAAGAUGACCACUCUGAAUCCGAGAGUGAUACAGAAUUCAAUAAUGAAAACACAAUUAUGAAGUUGCGGGGCGGCAUUACAUUCAGGAAACGCAAGAACCCUAGAAUCAUUCGAUAUGUCAGGUAUAGCAAAACUACUAAUGCUGAAAACCAUUACAGAGAAAAAAUAUUACUGUUUGUACCAUGGAGAAAUGAAGAGCAAGAUUUAUUAAGUGGUCAUGAAUCAUAUGAAGAACACUUCAACAGCAGACAACAACAGAUAUUGCCUAUUAUUGACAAAUAUGAACAUCAUGUUGAGGAACUAGACAUGGCUAGACAUCAGGCAGAGGAAGACAUUGUCUCAGAGUUUGAUACUGUUGCACCUAACACUGAACAAGUGCAAGCAGAAUAUGCAGAACAAUCAAUUGAUCACUCUGAAGAGUUCAUUCACUAUGUACCACCAGAACCAUCGCACAGAAAAGUAGACAUUGGUCAAGACCUAAACCUACCAGAAAGUACAGUAUCAGUUGAAACAAGAUCAGUACUUUUGCCAGAUAAUGAAUAUAUGACAUUGCUCCGUUCUUUGAACAAAAAGCAAAGGGAAUUUUUCAACCAUGUCGUGAAAUGGAUUUCUACAAAAAAUGAACCUAUCUAUGCAUUUCUUUCUGGUGGAGCUGGAGUUGGAAAAUCAGUCGUUAUCCGAGCAUUAUUCCAAGCAUUGCAAAGACAGUUGAACUCGAAAGAAGGUCAUGACCCAGACAGCAUAAAGAUUUUGCUCACAGCUUUUACAGGAAAAGCAGCAUACAAUAUCAAUGGUGUAACAAUAGCAUCAGCAUUUCAUAAGAAAAUGUUUCAGACACAACAACACAUGCACAGUGAUGAGCUGAAUACCUUCAGAACCACAUACAAAGAUCUCUCUGUCAUCAUUGUAGAUGAAAUUUCAAUGGUUGGUAAUAAGCUGUUUGCUUUCAUGCAUGAACGCUUAACAGAACUGACAGGCACAAAGCGAGACUUUGGUGGUAUCAGUAUCAUAGCUGUUGGAGACUUAUUUCAACUAUCACCUGUUGCAGACUCGUGGAUCUUUAAUGAUUUGAAGAUAGGUUUAGCAAGGAACUUGUGGAAAGAACAUUUUCAACUAUUUGAACUUGAAGAAAUCAUGAGACAGAAAGAUGAUUUACAAUUUGCUCAGAUGUUAAACAGGUUGAGAUUAAAUGAACUCUUACCAGAGGACAGAGAUCUUAUUAAAUCCCACACCAUUACACCUGCAUCACCUACUUAUCCAAAAAAUGCCUUGCACUUAUUUACUGAAAAUAAGCGAGUUGAUUAUUUCAACAGCGAGUUGAUACAAGACCUAGUCACCACAAAGGUGAAUGUACCAGCUCAUACAGAUGUUAUUGCCCCUUCAAAUAUAACCAAGCAAUCAAAACUUCACUUGAUAAAAGAAAUGAAUAAGCAAGAAAACCACAGCAAAACUGGAAACUUACCUAGCUUGCUUAAACUUGCAGAAGAAAUGUUAUAUGAUGUGACGGUGAACGUGGAUGUAAAAGAUGGAUUAACAAAUGGAGCUUCAGGCAUUGUAAAACACAUUGAAUUCAAAGAAAUGAACCAUGAAAGACCUGGCAUUAUAUGGAUACUUUUCACUGAUGAAAACAUUGGAUCUAAAAGGAGAACAAAAUACAAAGAUUUAUAUCAUAGAGGAAUCAAUAGGUUGUGGACACCAAUGUUUGAAACGAAACGGACAUUUUUAAACAAUAGAAAAACUUAUGAAAGAACACAGUUUCCUCUAGCCCCAUCUGCUGCCAAAACUGUACAUAAAGCACAAGGUACCACUGUUGAUGAACUGGUAGUUGACCUGAGGUCCAAUUACAAAGCUCCACAUAUCCACUAUGUUGCAUUGUCACGAGUUAUAACAUUAUCAAAUCUAUACAUCCUUGAUUUCAACGACAAGGCAUUAACAGUGGACAAAAAUGUACAUGUGGAAAUGGACAGACUCCGUAAGAUACCUAUGCAUUUGUGCUAUAUUCCAUUAUACAACAUUGACAAUGCGCAUGUGAAACUCUUAUUCAACAAUGCAAGGUCGUUGCACAAACACAUAGAUGAUGUAAGACAUGAACCAAACAUUCAAAGUGCAGAUAUCAUUGGAAUUUGUGAAUCACGACUUGUUGAUACAGACAGACAGGAAUGUUAUGAUUUACCCGGCUUUACUUCACACAGACUGGAUGAAGAUCAUAAUGGCACAACAAGGCCAAACCAUGGACUAGUUGUGUAUGUAAAGCAUGGAAUUAUUGUGGACAGAGUACACCCGCAUAGAUAUGAUGGAAUUGAAUCCAUGACCAUCCAUGCAAAAGUCAAGGAAACAGAGAUUCAAGUUGUCUACCUUUAUAAAACACCAAAACUUGGUAUGCAGUCAUUUUUGAAAGCUUUAACAGACCACAUAAAACCAUGCAUUGAUAGAAAUAGAUCACUUUUUAUUCUUGGUGACUUUAACAUCAAUCUUCUGGACAUAUCGGAUGCCUUUUUGCGAUUUAUGCGAAGCGAAUUCUCAUGCAAACAAGUAAUUACAGAGCCAACAACAUGUUAUGGAACACUACUCGAUCAUAUCUACACUACAGAGACUGGAGUACAGACAGGAGUUAUUCCAACAUAUUGGUCUGAUCAUUCUCUCACUUUCUGCAUGAAACAAUUUUAG